GGGCCGGGUCGGCCCAGCCGAGCGCUCCGAACCACCCACCCAGCUCUGGGCAGGCGCCUAGUCGGUGGGUCAGUCCCAACCAAAGCCCGCGAGACUUCAAAGGCCGGUGUUUGGCCUUUCCUUUAUCCAUUUUACCCACUUCUUCCUCCACUUAACUCAAUCUGUACCCAGUUCGAUAACCUACUUAUCCCGCCGCCCUAGCGGAACCCUUGUGAGGCCGGAACCAAUGUGCUAUAUAAUGCUGGAGGACGGAGGAGUGUUUUCGUGAUGGACCACCAAGUAUAAGUGAGGGGCUGCUCGCGACAGUUCCGGCAGGAGAACGCGCCAGUGAGAUCCUUGUCGUCGUCCACUGAGAUGCAGCGACAGAAUUUUCGACCCCCGACUCCUCCUUACCCCGGCCCGGGUGUAGGAGGUUGGGGUAGCGGGAGCAGCUUCCGGGGUACCCCGAGCGGAGGCGGACCGCGGCCGCCAUCCCCGCGGGACGGGUACGGGAGUCCACACCACACGCCGCCGUACGGGCCCCGAUCUAGGCCCUACGGGAGCAGCCUCUCUCCGAGACACGGCGGCAGCUUCCCUGGGGGCCGGUUCGGGUCUCCGUCCCCAGGCGGCUACCCUGGCAACUACUCCAAGUCCCCCGCGGGGUCCCAGCAGCAAUUCGGCUACUCCCCAGGGCAGCAGCAGACCCACCCCCAGGGUUCUCCAAGGACAUCUACACCAUUUGGAUCAGGGCGUGGUAGAGAAAAGAGAAUGUCUAAUGAGUUGGAGAGUUAUUUCAAGCCUUCAAUGCUUGAAGACCCUUGGGCUGGCCUAGAACCAGUAUCUGUAGUGGAUAUAAGCCAACAAUACAGCAAUACUCAAACAUUCACAGGCAAAAAAGGAAGAUACUUUUGUUAACAUUUCUGAAAUUCAACUGGACGCUUCAUGUGUCAGGAACAUCUCGGACAAAACUUUUACUUGUAAUUAAAUUGAAACCUAACAUGGUGACUUUGAUUGGGUAAUUUUAGUUGUGUGUUUCAUCAUAUCAAGUAUUUUUGGUAUUAGAGAAGACAUAUGGUAGGAUAAUUUGCAAUAUUUAGCUCUCUGGAAGUGCCUACCACAGUUUAGAAGAUUGACAUUUUCCAAAUGCUUAACAUUCUUGGUUAUAUAAUGGACAUUUGCCUUUUAAUGUUUUUUUCUAAUGUUUUAAAAUAAAGCAGUUUGUCUUUCUAGCUAUAUUGUGCUUUUGUCAUAUGCUAAAAGAAUUAUUAAAAUAAUGCUUUGUAAUCACAUAGAUAGAAUUCAUCAGUAUAUAUUUUGGAUACUGCUUUUGAAAAUAGAUAGACCAUACUUUGUGCUGUAGACAGGUCUAUAUGUUUGUUCACAGGGAAAGGAAAUAAAGGAAGAGAAUAAAAAAAGAUUUCUAUCCAUAUUAUAACCAUUGUUCUGUGUCCAUAUUUUAUGUAAUGCUUUUGUAAAAAUGCUUUGAAAUGUGGUAGAAAGUUAGAGAAACCCGCUUAAGCUUAAAUUUAACACUAUUUGUAGCCUUUAUACUCAUUUAACUGAAAAAGACAAGGAUGGACCUAUUUCUUCCAUAGCUAAAUUAAAGAAUUCUGUGUCUGAAUUUCUCUACUCCAUAUCUCCCAGUAUUGUGGAAUCAUUUUCUCUUGAGUUUAGGAAGAUGGCUAUCAGCAGUAUCAAAUCACUUCCAUUGUGAAGAGAAUAUUUCUCAAUUCUUGUCAGUCCCAGUGAAGACAGAUCAGUCAUGCUUAGUCUUUUUUUGUAGUCUUGAUCCAAUAACUAUGACCAAGACGGUGUGGCAUAAUAAAUUUGAACAUGGACCCAUCCCUAGAAUGAGGCAGAGUCCCAUAAUCUUAGAACCACUAGGCCUACCUGAACUAAAUCAAGGUUUAGUACACACAGAAUGCUGUGUACAUAUGCCUAUGAUUAUGAGAAAAAUAUAAAGGGAUUUUCAUUUUCCCCAACUAUUUAAACAAAACCAAGUCUUAGAACAUUCAGGCUUUUUAGGUAUUUUGGGGUCAAUAUAUGAUGAAAGUAUAGCUCAUUAAAAUUUUGUUUAAACAUUCCCAGAGAGAAACUUCUAAAAGUGAGAUGGUCACACCAGUUAUUUGAGCCAUGACCAGUUCUAUUUGUAUGUUAGGUCUUUCACAGAGGCAGAACAGGAAAUAAGGAAGGACUUAGAUUAAUAAAAGCUUCAUGAGACUCAGGACUACUACUGUUACUAUAUUCUAAUACUAUUACUAUACAGAAAGAUGUGGAAUAGAGAAAUUCAGAGGCAGACUAGUUAGGUGAGUUAUUUAACUUCUCUGUGCCUCAAUUUUCUUAUGUGUAAAAUGAAAAGAUUAACAGUACCCAUGUCAUAGAGGUGUUGUGUUUGAGGAUUAAAUGGGUUUACAUGUGUGAAAACUGUUACGCCAGAGCCUGGCACAUAGUAAGCACUCUAGAUGGCAGCUGUUACUUUCUCACUCACCCCUGUAUCCUCAGCUUUUUGAGAAUGAUGCCUGGAAAAUAGUAGGUGCUUAAUAAAUAUUUGGCGAAUGGAUGCUGACAUUCUGAUUAUAACUACUAUAUUGCUCUGCUUUUAUCUGCUGUAUACAAAGAACAUAGUAAUUUUCCCCCCAAUAUUCUAAAGGGAAUGUCCUACUUAAUGUCUUUCUAGAUGAUUUAAGGUCAUGAUAUGUGAUGAAAAUUAGAGCAAGUAGAAUACUUUUAUUGAACUUUGUAGGUAAGAAAAUCUCUGAGAAAUGGCAUUUAGAAAUAAUUAUUAAGCCAUUGCUUAGAGAUCACUGGAUUAUUGACAAAAAUAAAAAAGAUGUUUUAUGCUAAUACAUACUAACAUAUUUGUAACAUUCAAAUUAUAAUUUUCUAAUGGCUUAUGUAUAUUUUUACUAGUUUAUAAGUGUAAUCUUCAACAACUAAAUGCAGAAUUUCUUUUUUGCCAAGUUACCAACAUCUGCUUCCAGAUAUCUGACCUUUCUGAUUUUAAAAGAAAUAUUUUUGUCCUCAGUAAAUGUACAUUGCUUUUUUGCUCUGGUUAUUAGUGUACAUAGUUAUCAAAGGUCUUUAAACAUUGAUAUUGAUUUGUUUAUGUUACUAGCCUAUUUUGUUUAGCUGAGUGAAGAAAUUGAUCAUUCUUUUAAAUGAAAAAUAACUUUUAAUUGUUCCAGAAGGCACAUUUUUACCUCCAUAGAAAUGUUAAAUAACCUUUUUAGGGAAAUUUAUAGUUAAGCAUGCUUCUUAAAUAUUCCUGUAAUUGAAGAACAGAAGUAUAAUCUCUAGCUGGGUCUUAAAGACAAGGAUAGCUUUAAGGGAUUCAGAUCCAGAUCCUCAAAUCCCAAAUGUACUCUUUGUUAAAAUGAUGUGUUUAAAGAACAUUUUAUCAUCAGUGGAUGAUGCUAGUUCUCUAUUUUCCCUUCUGCCUUUUCAUAAUUACCCUUCUACCACUUGACAAAAGAUACCUAUGGCAGGUUUUGUUUUUCAAAAAUGAUACCAACAAUAUUUCAGGUCCCUCAGACUCCCAGAACCUUUCCUGUACCUCAUCAAGAUGUAAAGGUAUGUCCCUGGACUUUCAACUUGAGCAGACUGUUCUGACUGCCCAAGGAAGUAUAGUGAAAGUUAAUUUAUUUUCAUUAUGGGUGAAGUGUGGUCUUAGAAAUAAGUUAAAUUGGUCAAUGUGGGGAUACAAAGAUAGAGCAAUGACAGUUUUUAUUUAAUGACCUUGCCUUUCCUUUUUUGUCUAUUGACUAUUCAAAAAAUGAUUUUUCCUGUGUGUGAAUCAUGUGAAAGUAAAGCAAAGAGAGCAUGAACAUAACAUGAAGAGAAAGGCACCUUAUUUUUGGGAAACAAAUGAUAAAGUUGCUUGCCUUGUCUAUCUCAUCUAUUCAAUAUUGGUAUAAAAGCUUGAUAGGUUUUGGUGAAUCUGCUGUCAGGCAAACUGUCUUUUCCCCACUUUCAAUAAUGAUAGAGAGCCUGAUGAAUAUGUC